AUGGUACAACUCAUGCGACUUGUCAGGCUGAAACGGCAACAAGUUGAGGUUAAGCAAGUGGGAGAUCUUGGUAAAACAGUUAAACAAGCGGGAGAACUAGGUAAAUCACCUAAGCAACUGGGAGAGCUUGGUAAAUCACCUAAACAACUAGGGGAACCAGGUAAACCAAUUAAAAAUGUUGGGGAUGCUAGUAAACCAGUUAAACAAUUAGGAGAUCAGAAAAAGACAGCUGCAGAAACAACAAAACUUACAGAAACAAAGGCAAGGCUGAAACAAGGCGUUACCAAAGCUAGCAAAAAAAAUUUGGGAAAAGAUGUAGAAAAAUCCAAACUUAAACCUGGGGUUGUAAAACUUGGUGAGUCUAGAAGAACAGAGCAUGUUCCAGGCAAGACAACACAUGUAGCUUCAAAGACCGAGGUGCAUUCUAAAGAUUUUAAGUCUGAAAAGCUAAAACCUGAUGCUGCUGAUAAACUAACUGGACAAAAAUCUGACAGGUCUGGAAAAGUUACCCCAAAAAGUGAUAAAAAGGUUAUCACAGGCGAAAAAAUUAAAACUGAUACCAAAUCUGGAGAGAAGGAGAAACAUAAAUUAGAUCCAAUCAAGUCGAGGGAAACUUUGGACAAAUCAAAAGGAAAGGAAAAAUUAGUGAAAUCCAAAACAGAUGCCAAAAUUAGUAAAGAAGAAAAGGUAAAACCACUGAAGUGUGAUACUGAUAAAAAGAUGAGUGAUGACUUGAAAGCGAGGCUGACUACUGAAGGGAAAUCUAGACAAGAAACAAGUUCAAAAGACAAAACAAAAGACACUGAUGUAAAAGACAAAAAAAAUGUAUUGAUUAAAGAUAAAGUGAAAAUGAAAGAUUCAUCUGUGAAACUGAAGACUGAUAGUAAAAAGGGAUUAAUUUCAAAGCAUUCUGAUCAUGUAGACUCCAGUAAAAAAGAUGGUGGUGUAAAUGAGAACAAAAAGGACAAAAAAGUGGAAGAGAGUGCUUUGAGUAAGGUUAAGUCCAGUAAAGAGCCAGCAAGAGAAGUGAAGAAAAAUAGAGAACUGAAAGGAGAAAUGAAGAGACCUCUGACAGUAACAGAAAGGGAUGAUAAUAAAUGUCCUGAUGAGUCCCGGAUGGAGAGUGUUCCAAAGCUUGAGACAACAAAACCAAAACCAAAACAAUCUGAAAUCGAAGAAGAUUCAAACUGUGGAAGUGUGUUAGAUAGUGAGGAGACAAAUAAGGUGUCAGUUGCCAUGGAUUCAACAGAGGUUAAACAAGAAAAAGAUGAGGAUUUGGAUGCUAUGUCUGACAUUGAUGAUAAGUUAUCUGAUGUGACGGUUAGUUCUGUACAUACCAGUGACUUGUCAUCUUUUGAUGAUGAACUUAGCUCAGUGUCCUCGUCAAGUAGCGAAGAAUUGGAAUCAGAAGAACAAGACACUGAUUUGUCAGCAAGUACUGGGAAGUCACCAAUAAGUAACACAAGUGGUGAGUCGGACAGCAGCAAGAAAAGAUCAUCUACUAAAGCUUUGACUUUGAAUCGUUUCUAUAGCGACAGUGAAGAUGAUGAGAGUAGAGAAGAGAGAAGGAAAAAAGCUGCUAAGGAGAAGGAAGACCGUUUGUUGCGAAGGCACCAGAUGAAAGAAGAAAUGACUGAGAGAUGGAAACAAUACGAAGAAGAGAAAAGGACAAAACGGGAAGAGCGUAAGAAAGCAAAACAACUUGCUAAAGAAAAUGAAGAAGCAAAGAGGAGAAAGAAACUCAAGAAAGAAGAAAAGGUUCAGGCAAAAAGAGAACAGAAAGUUCUUGAAAAGAAGAUGGCCCUACGAAGACAGCGAACACUGAAUAAGAAGUAUUUGUCAUCAGAAUUUACCUCUUUGUUUUCACAGAAAGUGAGAUCAGGUCAGUUUGGUGGAGAGGAGGAGGAGGAGGACGAUGAUGAAGAAGAUAUUGACGACGACGAUGAUGAAGAUGAGGAAAUAGAAGAAGGGGAGGAAGUGGACUUCAAGUCAAAGGAUGAUGGAAUGAAAGAAGUGGAAGACAACAAAACCGACAAGACUGAUGGGACAAAGGGAAAUGAUGAUUCUGAUAAAACAGGUUCUGACAUAAAGCCAGAGAAAGGUAAACCAGGAAGAAAAAAGAAGAUUAUUGAUGCAGAUGACAAGCUCCCAGAUUCAUUCUUUACAUCAUCAAUCCCAGAUGUGGGUCCUUCUUAUGAGCAGACUUUUAUUGCGAAAGCCCUUGAGUUAAGUGCAUACAGCAGUGGUCUUCGUAGAUCAGUAAGGAGAUCAUCCACUCUGUCAUCUGGAGUUUCAGGUAGCCCAUCCAGUGAAAGUCAGGAAGCUGUGGCAUUCCCACCAGAAAAAUGUGGCAGCACAUCAUCUUCUACUGAGAUGUCAGCUGUUAAAGAUGUUACUGAUGGCAGAUCAGUAGGGAUUCCAUUGGCAGGUCAUGUGCAAGAGGAUUUGAAAGAACGAGAAUCUCCAGUAACCCAGUUGAAAGAAGAGGACUUUGAAUCACCAGCUACACCAACCCAAGAUGAACCUUCCUUUUUUGAGGACCUGGAGGAAGCUAAGUCAACUACUUCAGGAGAGACUAUUCCUAUCUUCAGCCUUCCCCCUGUAGGGCCUGAUCUUCCAUCCAUAAAGGUCCAGCCACCUUCCACUGAUGUUGAUACUUCAACUGAUGUCAAAAAGGAACAGGAUUGUGAAGCUUUGGGAGUAAAUCUUCGUAGUCUUCGUAAAGCUGAACCUCCUGAUAAUACUGAAAAGAGUGUGUCCACGCGACGGAGAGAUGAACCAAGAACACGGCCUGCAAAAAGUGAGCGGAAGGAACAUUCUGCUACUUCUGAGAGAUCACAUGAUACACGUCAGCACUCUGAACAUUAUCUUUCAACAAGCAAAGUAGGCCAGAACCCUGAUGACAGAUCAUCUGCAAGACCUAGUUAUGGCAUUCGUCCAAGGCGCCAAUCGAGUCGAGAACACUACAAACCGAUGUCAGAUCAAUUUGAUUAUUAUAGUGGGAAGAAAGCACAUGCUAAAGAUGACUAUCCUAGAAGAAGACAGCCAUCACAUACAAGAAAUUCUCCUCCAAGAGAAAGCAGAUCAAGAAAAAGAAUGGCAUCACCUUCAUCACAAGAACACAGACCAUCUAAAUACAGAGGCUAUUCUUCCAGAAGAUAACAUUGUUGUCAUUGCAUGCUAAACAGACAAUAUAAAUACAGAGGCUGCUCUUCCAGAAGUUAAUUUUGUUGUCAUUGUAUGCUAAACAGAACAUGUAAAUACAGAAGAUAACUUUUUUGUCAUUGCCUGGGACACACAAAAUCUAAAGGCAUCUUCCAGAAGAUAACUUUCCUACUAAUAAAAACUGUGUCCUUUGUGUCUCUCACUGCUUCCUUAUCACAUGUGCUCAGAUGAAAACAUCCAGUUAAAAUGAUUUUUAGUUGCCUGUUCAGCUGAAAGUUCUGGGCUCUGUUUGUGCAUCUUAACUGAUUUUUCUAUAAUCAUGAAAAUAAUUUAAUAGUUGCUCUUGCAUUGUAUUUUUACUGAGCUUUUUUUGUG